GGUAACCGCCCCCGAACAGACGAACAACAAAAAUGGAGUUGUGAACUAGUAGCAAGUUAGCCACUAAGGGACGUUCAGUAUCAGUUUUUGUGUGAUUAUCACUACGUGAGUGAAAGUUUCUUACUGACCGAUGUAGCGCGAUGCAACUACGUCAAAGUCAUACGUAGUUUAUAUUUUCUAGCGGUCGUUAAGAAGCUGUCGAACGGGUAAACAAACCGGUGUCUGGGCUGCGACAAAGACAACAAGGUUUAGCAGCUAGCCAGCUAAAAGAAUAGCAUCUGUUCGUUUUCAUUCUCAGUGUGUGGAACUGGAAGAACGGGACUCGGGCAGAAAUGGAGAAGGGAGAUUUCCUAAAGGGACUACCAGUCUACAACAAAAAUAACUUCAGCAGGUUCCAUGCAGACUCUGUAUGUAAAGCAUCAAACCGUCGACCAUCUGUGUAUCUUCCAACCCGUGAAUAUCCAUCAGAACAGAUCAUAGUCACAGAGAAGACAAACAUCUUGCUGCGAUAUCUUCAUCAACAGUGGGACAAAAAGAAUGCAGCGAAGAAGCGGGAGCAGGAACACACAGAGGGGGAGAACACGGCACCUCCAAGAAAAAUUGCCAGAACAGACAGUCGAGAGCUGAAUGAGGAUUCGUAAAGCAACGCGCUGCCCAUGCGCGCACCCAGCAGAGACUGACCUACGCAUACAAAAUGCACAUGCAGAUUCAGGAUAUAUGUUUGCGAACCCUGGCCUUGACACUGAAGCACACAAGGAUCCACACAUUUCAGACCACAGUCGUCAUGACGUCAACAUCAAAAGCAGACAGAUUUCCUUAACCGAAACCUUUUUCCCUCAGUUUAUUUACGGCUUUCACAUGCUGUUUCCUUUACUUCCAAGACACUUCUGCCUCAAAUUUGUAGUUUUGAAAAUAACAUACAUCUACCUCCUUAUUCUACAGCCCCUCUGGUUUUCAUUCAUUUUUAUGUUCACAGAGUUUUCUCUUUGAAUAUGCAGGGAGUUAAUCAUUGCUCCUCUGCUGCCAUUUAAGGAUUUACAGUUGUAGUCAUUCAUACCAUCGCUGAGAUAUGCAUGUUUUAAGUUAAGUCUGUAUAUGUGAUUAAGUGGAAUGCCAUCUUUUUUGGCUCUCUACUCCAGUAGGAUUUUUUAAAAGGGUUAGUGGUCUUUAAAAUAUUUUAGCUCAUCCUGAUUACUGUCAAUACAGUAACUGAAAUUAAAACUGCAUUGUAUUCUUUGCUUAGAUUGAUUCAGGGUUUCGUUAUGGAUUGUGUUGUGGAGAAAGAAGAGUGCUGAUAGAAAUAUUGUUGUUUUCUCCUAAUGAAUAAUUAUUUGUUGCCUUAAGUGGAAGUGAGUGUGUUUUCACUAUGUCUUAGAGUGCCCCCUUGGUUUACAUUGUUGAUUCAGGAAGAAAUGAACCACUGCUGAGUUGAGUGGAUAUUAGCAUGUCCUUUCAAUAGGGACACAUUUAAGCCAAUAUAGUCAUGCUAGAGGAUGCAAACUCUUUUUGUACAGUGUGACCUGCAGAUUUUGUAGCCAUAUUCUAAGUGUGAUGCUCAGUACUUUGAGAUCAUAACCUUAUGAGCAGAGCUUGUAUCUUUGUAAUUGCACAAUUAGCAGAAUAUUUUAUGAAAUAGGUGGUGACGACAGGUAUGUCUAAAUGUAUACUUCGGCUGUACUAAUAUGUAGGCUACUUGUAAGGACUGCUGUCAAUCCUUGUUGUAAAUAUGCCAUUCAUGUUUGCUCGAAUAGUUUGAGUCAUAUUGAGGGAAUUUGAUUUUGGAUUUACAAGCUGUUGACAGCAGGGUUAAGUAAACAGUCUGUGAAGUUGGCGAAGCUCAUCAUGAGUCUUGUAUAUUUGUACAAUGUGUAUCUUGUGAUUGUCUGACCCUUUUAUCAGGUAACAAGACAACUACUCACUUUAGCUUCCCCAAGUCAGCCAUAUUGUUAUUUCACUCUGUUUAGCCAUGUUGUUCUUCUACGCUGGAGAGAUACAAGCCAGAGUUUGUUCAGAACAAACAAAAGCAUUUUACUUCAUUUGCUUUGCACCUUUAGAAAAAUAGAAUACAAAAAGCAAUCUGCUGCAAAUUGUGUUGGCCACAUUUUUAGUAAUGUUUGGCACAGCUUACAGUCUAUUGAUGUACAUUUGUUCCAGAUUGCUGUUCAGAGGUUUACAGAGUAUAUGUUCAGUUUUGCUGCUUAUGUAAAUCAAACCAAGUAGAAUGCACACUGUGAGUUUCUCAUGUAUGACUUAAAAAACUAGAGAUGUGCAGUGUUUUACUUUCCCUGCCUCUUCAUAGAAGAGUGUGUUAAUUUUAUUUUUGUGAUAUGGUUUGUAUCACAUCACCUGAUUAAGUUUGGAAUGUGUUUAUUGUUAAAUGCUUUGCUUUGAGUUUAUUGUAUAACUGUAUUGUUGUCAAUUUCAAAUCUUCUUCUUGUAUAGAUUACACUUUGAAAUACAGUAAAGACAAUAACUCACAGUAAACAGCAA